UGCGCGAAGUGUUUGAAUCUAAUUUACAAAACAAGCUUUUGGACAUCAUUGAGGAGAAAAGCGUCGAUUUGGCAUGGUUAUGCCUAAAGCAGCUAUCAAUAUAUUAUCGGGAUCAGUAUAACAGGAGACCCAUUUCGUAUUUUGACGAAAUAUUGGAAUUUUCAAAAAAUGAUUAUACGCUGCGGCGACCAAACAAAGAAAAUGCCAGGUACGCUUUAGUAAACCAUGCUACCGUCACCCCGACGAAAAUCUUUUACGAAGGGCCGAUAUACGAAGCAUCGAACCGGGUUCUCCGAGAAUUUUCGCAAUAUACGGAUAAGUUUCUUAGAGUUCGUUUCGCCGAGGAAAAUCUCGAUAAAUUGUUUGCGGUAGAAAAUAUGAAGUGCGUGUACGAAGAUCGAGUCUUGGAGAUAUUGAAAUGUGGGUUUCGAUGCGCUGGAAGGCAUUACGAGUUUCUGGCCUUUUCGUCUUCUGGGUUGAGGGAGCACGCCUGUUGGUUCGUUGCUGCAGAUGGCGAUUUUUCCGCUGCAAGUAUUCGCGCAUGGAUGGGUGAUUUUAGUAACAUCAGAUCUCCUGCACUGCUUGGAGCCAGAAUGGGCCAGACGUUCACGUCUACC